CAUUUCACUUAAAGAAUAAAAAUGUCGAUGCCAGCGAGAUUUGAACUUACGACGUGGAGAUUACUUAACUAUUGUAAAGGCAAUAUUUAACCCACUAUUAAUGUAUGAUAAUAAUGGUAAAUUUAAGUGUGUGCACUUAGCAAAAUUUACCAAAACUCUUUCAUUCGUCACUGUUAAUUUAUGAUAAUUUUUCUCCAACACUGUUAAUCUGUCUAUAUCAAAGGCAGGAUGUGUGUGUGUGAAUGUAAUUAAUGCACGUCCACAAAUUAGCACGCAUGUGGCCCAAUUUUAGGACAUUCGCCAUGACCACUAUAGCUGUAUUUUCGUCAACUUAUUUUUCCCAGAGGCACCUGCGAAUAGCAGCAGUAAAAAUAAAUUUUCAACCAAAACUUUUAACAAUUUUUAAGUCGGAGAAAUCCAAAGUCCUCUUCUAGGGGUGAAUUACAGUUGGUAGAAUUCUCUGGCAGUUAUGAUGUGAAAUGAAUGAAACCAGCAGCCUACCACUGAAACAGAAGAUGAUCUGUUGUCUUGGAGACGAUAUAUCACUUUUCAGAAAUUGAAUUCCAUUGAAAAGAAUCUCUGUUUUUAGGCCAAAGCACAAAUAUAUUCUCUUUUCAUUCUCAAACCUAAAUAUACCCGACUGAAAAUCUGCUUAUCCUUAUAAUAUAAACUUAUUUCAAAGAGGUAAUCUGCAAUAGUUUUGCAGUUUUUACAUGGCACCAAAAAGAUCUGUCAAAUAUUUCCCAUCACUAUUCCCAAGAACCUAUGAUCAAUAUGACAACAGCAGUAACAACAAGAUUAUCUGCAAAGGUAACUGUUGGUUUUUAUAGUUAAUAUUCUUUACCUUUGAACUGGAACCUCUGUGAGAUUCUCUACUAGCACAGCCUUCAUUUAUAGUUAAUGUGCACUUAAACAUUAUCCAAAGAUGGUAACACAUAAAAUGGUUUUCUGUUAUUCUCUGCACAUUCUUGUUCUUAUUAUCAUUUACACCUGUAUGUCGUUGUAUUAUAAAUCCACUCAACAUAUCGAUAGACAAUUCCAAAGUCCAAUUACAGAAGAGGAACGGAAGCUGUUGAUGGUAACAGCCCGAGCAUUUAUCAGAGCUUUGGACAGUGCUAAUAUCCCAUACAUGAUAUACAGUGGAACUCUGCUGGGCUCUUAUCGUCAUCACGAUCUUAUACCAUGGGAUGAUGACUUUGAUAUACUUAUCAACGCUUCUCUUAGAAAUGCUGUGAAGCGAUUUGUGGCUAAAUACGAUGAUUCUUUUGCUUUGUAUGUACCAAACUUUCAGGAUUUUGCAUGGAAAUAUUAUCGUAAAGAUAUGGCUUUAAAGACACUUCCUAAUCUUCCAUUUGGAUGGCCAUAUGUUGACAUUUUCUUUUUCAACGAGAACGAAACACAUAUCUGGGAUGAUAUUUCUUAUUUAUCAAAAGAAUUCACUUUUCGGAAAGAUAAGGUAUUUCCCUUGCAGCGACGACUAUUUUCUUCAAUGCAGUUGUCUGCACCAUGCAAUCCACUGCAUAUGCUAAGUACGUAUCACAUACAGAGCUGCAAAUCUCGUUCAAUGUCUCAUAAACAUGAAGUGAUUCUCCCAAAGAACUCUUACAGAGUCAUCCCCUGUCAAGCGCUGACUGGUUUCUACCCAUUUGUACAUCACACAAAAACUGAAGACGGGUGGAAGGAGACACUCAAAGUUGGAGACAUUGUUUUAUAUUCCAUUGAUGUGAAGGAAUAUUGCUGAGUUCUCUGUGUGAAAAAUGAAGCGUCUAUCAUUCACACAUAGAAACACAAAUACUUGCAUGGAUCUCCAUCACUUUCAGCAAUAAGGUUUUAGUCAUUUGAUCAACUGUUCUAACUGCUUAUUGGAUUAACUUUUAAGUGGCUGAGUGUACCUCAGUCACAAGUACCCUGAACAUAAUUCUCAGCCAGAAUCACCUUAACAAGGUGGUAUUGUGACAAGGCCGUACCUUGAAAGUACAGAUAGAAAUCUAUCUGAUAGGUUUUUGUGUACCUAAUUUCAUUCACAAGGUACAUGAUGACCAAUCGACAGAUGCUACCGAAACAGAUGGAAACCCAAAAUGCCAUAGGGUGGAAUUGAUCCUAGGACAUUGGGAUGGGCAGACUUCUUGACCAUUUAACCAAAAUGUGCCAGCGUGUAUGUAUAUAUGUGUGUUAUCAUCAUCAUGUAUGUAUGUGUGUAUGUAUGUAUGUGUGUCAUCAUCAUCAUCAUUUAACGUCCGUUGUCCAUGCUGGCAUGGGUUGGACAGUUUGACUGAGCUGUCAUGCUGGAAGGCUGCACUAGACUCCAGUCUGAUUCGGUGUGGUUUUCUACAGCUGGUUAAUAUUUGAGGAUGGGUUGAUGGUUGAGAGGCUGGGCUGUGGUGGAAGAACAAUCGCAGGUGAUCUGUGACAGAGAUAUGAGGCUGAGUGGUGGGAGAGGAGGACAGCAGAGAGAAGAAGCAGUGGUGGGGUGUUGGAGCAUCUCAGGAUACAGUGGGGGAUAGAGAGAGAAAAAGAUGGGGGAAGAGAUGCAUGGUGAGAGAUAUAGGAGUGGUUCAAGGGGCUAUAGCAAGUGGGUGUGGGGUUAUAGAUAUGGGAGGGCAUUGAGAGUGAUGGCAGGUAAGAAAGGAGAGCAAUGACUGAAGGCAGAAGAGACGGUGAUUGAUAGAAAUAGUGUGGGCUGGGAUGAUAAUGAAGAAUGAAGGUGAUUCCAAGGAGCAGAUGUAAUGUGCCGAUUCUUCUUUCAACUGAUUAUGGUAGUCGAAUGAUAUCUUUUUGUACCUUGAGAAUUUUCUCUCGCAUCCCAUCACUUACCUUCUUUUGAUCUCCUUUAGCCAUGUAUCUCUUUUAUAGCAGCAUACCUGUGCUUGCCUUUCAUUCAAACUCUCGUCUUUCAACACCUGCAAUGAAGCCACUUACCUCCACCUUCUUCUUCCUGAUACUUCCUCUUUGUAGUGGGAGCAUUUUCCCUUUCCUUUCUCUCUGUUCUUUUCCCAUUAGUGCCACUGGUAUGUAGAAUGCACCCAAUAUACACCUUGCAAAGUGGCUGAUGGUAGGAAGCGCGUCCAGCCAUAGAAGCUAGGCCAAGGAUGACAGUGGAGCUCAAUGCUGCCCCACAGCUUAUCUUGCUGUCCAACCCAUGCUAGCAUGGAAAGCGGAUGUAAAAUGAUGAUGGUUUAUAUCAGUGGUUCUCAACCAGGGUCCAUAUAAGAGAUCUGGGGAUCCACAAUAGUAUUUUAAGGGCCCCUGAAGAAAUUUUGUCUUAGAUGUAUCUCGUAUUGGUGUGUAUUGCAAGAAAAACAAUUAGGUUUCUUUCUCUUUUACAUUGUUCAACCUACACAAGGGAAUGGGGGAAAAACAAAAUAGGAAUUUUGAAAGAAGUUCCUAUAAAACUAGUUUUUAAACACCGAGUGGCUAUGGGGGUCCACCAGAAUAAAAUAAUAAUAAAAGGGGUCCAGAGAACCCCUGUAAAUAAGUACAUACGAAUGGAUGUGUGUAAAUAAAUAAAUGAAUGAAUGAAUGAGGUGACCCCAGAAUCUGAGAUCAUAUUUUAAUCAAAAAGCACCGUUUCCAGCACCAAAUUACUAAAACUAACAUUGGACCAUUUAUUUUAAAACGAGUCCUUAUUUAUCAUCUAAAUUGUUUUUUACUUUAAGUUCAUUUGUUGUUAUUUUCUCUGUUUGUUGUGUUUUUAAAUCAAAUUAUACAAUUCUAUGGUAAAAUGGAUGAAAGUCAUUGAAUCAUAUCUUGCUUUGUUUCACCUGUGGACACCAUCGAAAGAUGUUUUGAGAAGUUUACAUGGAUUUGGCCAUCAUCAAAGAAAAGUAAAUAUUUCACUGCAUUUUGUGAUAAAAUGAUUGUAAAUUAUGGUUUUUGUACUUCUUUGACCCUUUCGUUACCAACCUGGCUGAAACCAGCUUUGACUCUGUGGUACAAAUGUCUUGUUUUCAUAAGUUCUGAAUUAAAAUCUUCCACCAAACCUUA